AUGGCGCCGGCAACAAGUUGGCUCAACGCCUGGACAGGCACUCUAGCAGCUCUCAGAGCAAAUGGUGUACGGCGCACCGUAAAGCAGAUCCUUAUGAUCGACCAACCCCGUGUUGGUCGAUUUGUCGGAAAGGACGACUACGGCAACGAAUACUACGAAAACCGUGACGAGAUUGUCCUCCGUGAUCGCUGGGUUGAGUACAAAAAGUGGAAUCCGGAUGCGACACAAGUUCCAGCGGAAUGGCAUCAAUGGCUUCACCACAUCACCGAUGAUGUUCCCACCCCUCAGACCGUUCCUAAACCGUUUUUCUCCCCUCCGCACGUGGAAAAUCUUACCGGAAGUGAAGGGGCAUUCAAGACCUACAACACAACAGUACCAAAAUACAAUGCAUGGAAACCUGCAACGAAGGAAAGGCAGGGAUAG